AAGGAAGAAAAUAAAAGGUUCCGGGCCAUGGAGUUUAAGGUUGAAGAUGAGGAAUCUUGGCAUCUCAAUGACCAGAAAGUUACUCUGCUGCAAGAUAUGCCGAGACCACAAACAGGACAGAGAACUCCAACACAAAUGGCCAUUAACCAGACAUUUCAGAGCACAGCCCAUCUAGCUAAUCUUUUACCUACUGGAACGGUUCUCGCUUUCCAAUUUCUAUCACCUGUUCUCACAAACAAAGGUGAGUGUGACCCAGUCAGCCGGUUCAUGACUUCCAGCCUCCUAGCCCUUUGUGGCAUGUCAUGCUUUCUACAGUGCUUCACCGAUAGCUUCAGGGACAAUAAUGGAAAUGUUUACUAUGGGUUUGCCACCUUCCGGGGUUUGUGGAUCAUUGAUGGGUCAGCCACUCUCCCACCUGAACUUGCAGCAGAGUAUCAGUUGAGAUUUAUUGAUUUCAUCCAUGCCUUCAUGUCAAUACUUGUUUUUGCAGCCAUUGCACUGUUUGAUGAGAAUGUGGUGAAUUGUUUCUACCCAACACCAUCUGAUGAAACCAAGGAGCUUCUCACAUCCCUGCCAGUAGGUAUUGGUGUCUUUUGCAGUAUGUUGUUUGUUGUAUUCCCAACCCGACGCCAUGGAAUCGGCUUCCCUCUCUCUACUAAUUAAUAAUUUCUUUGUUUACUUCAUAUAUAUACACCUCCAUUCUUCUCUAAAUGGUAAAACUCUACCCAUUCAAAUCUACAUGUAACUUUUUCCCUUCUAUUCUCUUUGAAGUGCAGAAACAAUAUCAUUCCUCACAA